GCUGGUAAACAAGCUCUGCUACUGCUAGGCAGUAGGGACUUACGGAGAGCACCAAGUAGUUGUGCAGUGAGUAACAGGAGAACAUGUCCAGAAUACCGGGGUACGAUACUCAUGAUGAUGGGCCAGGUUUCGUCGGAAUCAGGUUCUGCCAGGAAUGUAACAACAUGUUGUACCCAAAAGAAGACAAGGAAAACAAAGUACUUUUGUACGCUUGCCGCAAUUGUGAUUACAAGCAAGUAGCAGAUAGCAAUUGCAUUUAUGUCAACAAAAUUAUGCACGAAAUAGAUGAGUUAACGCAUAUUGUCUCUGAUGUUAUUUCCGACCCUACAUUGCCACGAACUGAGGAACAUCCCUGUCCAAAAUGUAAUCACAGAGAAGCUGUGUUUUUCCAGGCACAGACAAGGAGAGCUGAGGAGGAGAUGAGACUUUACUAUGUGUGUACAAAUACUCAUUGUACGCACAGAUGGACAGAGUAAAUAGUGAUUUGGAGGAGCUGUGCACCUUUACUUCACAUCAACUUGCACAGGAUAGUUGUGAAGUGCGGGUGCGUGUACAUGUGCGGGUGCUUGCAUGUGUGCACGCUAAAUAAUUGUAAUAUAAACUAUUUUUGUUGAGUGUGCUCUGCCUCAUUGCAUACAUUGUGAGUGGCUAUGUUUUUUUUUAAUUGUGUAUUGGUUGUUU